AGUUGCUUAUAAAGCCGUGACACAACAUUAACUCACUAAACUUUGUGAAUAAGCAUGGAAUUGUUUGCGUGGAUUUUGCUGCUGUCGCCAUUGUUUCAAGAGUGCUUGGCUUCUCAAGUCUGGAAAAUCGUGCCCCGUCUUCAAGAUGGAGGGAUAGCAGAAAUACCUGCGAAGUCCUACACCGGAUGUACUACAUCUCUUUGUGCAUUGGAAUGCCAGAUGAGACCGCCAUGUCAACUUUUCCGUUAUAACUCAAACACAUCAGAGUGUGACUUGUAUGAUGGAAUAAAAUUCAAAAGAACCUCAUACGUUCACCAAAACCAGUUUUAUCAGAAGAUGCCUGAUCAUUGCGUGACAGGGCAUGACGAAUGGUUCCCCGAGUAUCAGACUUGCAUUUGGAUUCCGACCCACGUUUCUCCAUACGAAGAGGCAAAACGUCUAUGCGAAUCAGCAGGGAAAGUCAUGUUAGGCAUCAAUAACUUUUCACAAGUCUUGUAUCUGAUGGAUCUUAUAAAUACAAAAUAUAUUUUCGUAUACUCUCGACGCACUGGAUACAAAACUUAUGAGAUGGAUGACGGGACUUUGAUCCCAUCUACAUUGUGGUGUUCGGAUCAGCCAUAUGAAGACUCGGGCUGUUUAGGGGUCCAAAAUGACCCCCAGAGUAGCUGGUGUACCUAUCCCGGAUUAGACGAUUAUGUAUAUUGUUCUCAGUCAUCACGGUUUUUCUGUGUGUAGACAAGACAAAAUCACGUCACUUGUGUACAAACAGCUUUAGAGAAUUAGGAAGACUGGAUGGUUGUGGUUAUUGUAUGCUAUAUGAAUCUCCUUGAAAUGAAGAGCUCUAUAUUUAGAUAUAUUCAGAUAAUGUUCAAAUUUUUAAGAUAUUGUAUUUAUAAUAUUUUCUUCACAAAUUUAUAGGGUAUGGCCAAAAAUGUCAUAUCUAAAAUCUUACGUAUCGAACUAUUUCCAAAAAGUCUUUGAAACUACAAGUAUUUUAAACUUGGUUAAUAUUUUUGACAAUUUGUUAAAAACAUGUUUGAAACAGAUAGUCUAUACUGUGCAUUAUUCUAAAACAGUCUCAAAAGUUUGAGGAUAAUAAACUUGGUCAAUUUGUUUUACCAUUUUAAUGUUAAUAACACCCCUCUACAUUGUUCGCACACACCCUUUAGAUCUGUGGAAGCACGCACAAAUAGUUCAGAAACGACCAUAAAUACCGGUGACGUUCACACUAUUGGUCAUAAGUACAUGUACAUGUAAAUUUGACCACGGACUGAAGAAUUUGUCAAUGAAUUUAACACGAAUUUUUAAAUCCCAUUUCUUAGUUUUUCUGAACUUUUAAUUUUAAACAAUAAUUUUCGUAAAUAUAUAUCCGAUAUGUUCUUACAGGUAUCGACAUAACCGAU